AUGAGCACCUUCAAGAAAGCUCAGUCCAUUCUCAGGCCGAUUUUCGAUCAGUAUUGGAAGGAUUUCAGCAAAGCAAAUAUCGAUAAGGUCAUUGCAUACUACCAUCCUGAUGCACUUGUUGUGGAAGCUGGGAAAGGUGGAGUUUUCGGCAAAGAAGCCAUAAAGCAAGAAAAGACCGAUUUCAAUGAAAAUACCGGAAAGGCACCAAUGAAGGUGACCAAUGAAAAUUACCAAAUGACUCCUGAUUACAUUAUUUACGAUGCUGAGUAUGAGAUCAGAUCGAGCAAAUCUGGCUUGCAGAAGGGAAGGUUUUCGCAGAUCUGGAAGAAAAACAAGGACGACUACUUGAUUCUGAGAGAAGAAUAUUCUGCAGAUAGCCCAGCAGAUGACAAUAUUGCAAAAUCCUCAGAAGGCAUAACCGCGGAUACCCCGCCAGAUGACAAAGUAACUAAAUCCUAUGACAGAACAACUGCCUAAGUUUAUUCACAAAUCAUGGAGAAGCUGAAGAAGUUGUGUUAUUUAGUUUUGUGUAUAAGAAGGGAUGAUACCUUGUCGUUUUGCAUUCAUGAAUGGUUUCACUGUAGCUACCAAAUCUUUUUUGUACACUGCCACAUUUUUUAUUGUGUAUCAUUCCCUUGCU